AUGGCUUCGUUUUUUGAUGAAAUAAAUGCCUAUUCUUAUCUGUACCCUGUUGAGUCGCCUUCCGACAAUAUUUCCCUCAAAUGGGUAGAAUCGCGAAAGCCAGAGCGAUAUUCGUCAGCUGCACCACUUUCUCCUGAUGCACGCCUGCGCAUUGUGUCCGAGCGUGUUGACUUUAUUGAUAAUGUCAUCAUUUCUGUCACGAUAGGUCCACCAAAUGCAAGCUAUAUAAAAUCAAAGGAUAGGAGUGAAUGGACUGCAAAAGACGUUGCUGAUUCAGUUUUAGCUGAUAGAUCUUCACUGCGAGUUACCUCAAGUCAGCGCUUGGAAGAGAGUUCGGUUCUCAACACCCAUUCUAGUGAAAUUGAUGGUGAGAUGUACUGGUAUUAUGAAUACCUUGUUCGUAAAGCACCUUUGAAACUUACUGAUAAAUCAAACACUUACCGGCAUUAUCUUGCUUCAACAACUGAAAGAGAUGGUUAUUUGUACUCUAUCAGUGCUUCAACCAUCAGCCCGCGGUGGGAAAAACUGGGGCCUUUCCUUGAAAAGGCAGUGAGUUCGUUUCGUCUCCUUAGCCCAACAGAAGAUUAUGUUCCUCCCUACAAAGAUCCCUGGAGAUUUUGGUGA